AUGAAACGUACGGCACCUUCGCCAUCAUCAUUCAAAAACACCAUCUUGGAAGAACCACACAAGAAAGUCAAACAACAUGAUACUGGCGGAAUGGUGAUUGCAAAUGACCAUUACUUGUUGAAACCAUCCAUUCAACUCUCAUUUCAUGAAAUGAUUCCCGAUGAAGUAUUGGCUUUGAUCUUUCAAUACAUUUCCGAUAUAUCAAGCUUUUCAAAUGUAAUGCUAGUGAGCAAGCAUUUCCAUCGAGUGUUGUUCUCGGUAGAGUCCAACUGUUUCGAAUUUGUUGAUUUGGACUAUUUACAAGCCUUACAAAUGCCUGAUUUUGACCUUGUAAGAAGGUGUAUCAUUAAUGAUAACGAUUGGGGGUUUGAUAGUGAUGAUGAUAAUGACGAUGAUAAUAAUGACGACCAAGACAAUGUUCUCAACAACAAUGCAGACACUACCACCAACGAGAAAAUGAGCAAAGAUGCUAUUGAUGACCAAACCAUGAACCAGACUCUCAAAGCCUCAUUCCCUUUCACCAAGCUCAAAUAUAUCAAACUCGAUGGCUUUGGAGAUAAUCUUUCAGUAUUUCCAUUAUUAGGGAAAAUGAAUAAGACUACAAUAGAACAUAUUUGUUACAACAAUUACCUUGAUGAACAGUUGUUGCAACUAUUGAUCAACGAGUUCCCAAAUCUCAAAAAAUUAGAAGUCGCUGAUUUUUCUGAAUACCAAAAGGUUUAUUCUUCCAAUCACUCUGUCACAGCUUUCAAAUUGAAUGAAGUUGAUGGUUAUGCUACAUAUGGAUACUCAGAGCCAACCAAUGUAUGCAGUUUUCUAAGAGUGUUACUGAGCCCCUGCUUUCCUAAUUUGCAGUUUAUUGAAUUUGAACCUGUGGUUUAUUAUGUGGACAUUAUUGAUCUGAUACGUUUGCUGAUAGAUCCAUUAUUUCACUCAGUGAAGAAGCUUAAAGUUCAUGUUGUAGUUUUUGGUAACGAAGAUUUUGAUGAAUUAAUUAAUAGGAAUGAUUGGAAGAUGUGUUGUGAAUUGAAGCAGAUUCCCGAGUUGGAAUUAACAUGUGAAUUUACGAACAUGGCAAUUCUAUUAUACACUCUUUUUCAAGGAAAAACAACCAAGGUUCAAGUUGUGUCUACACAACAAGGCACACGUUUGACAUCAAUGAAAUCCUUAAUAGGGAACAUUUUUGCCGAUGAUCGAAAAAAUAUUUUGAAACUUGUGGAACAACAGCAAGAAUUUAAUCAAACUCUCGUUUCCUAUGCGAGUGAUUACGAGAGUGCUGGAGGGAAUGACUAG